CGUGACCGAACGCACGUCGCUCACAAACAUUGAGAUAAAUACGAUAAUAAAACGAUAAACGGAAUUAGUGGCUUAUAAACUAUAUUUGUUUUAACAUUAAAAUAUAGAGUAUUUUUUAAGUCAUGUUUUAAAAUUUAUUAUUAUUUGGCGGGAAUUAUUAUUAAUAGCUCUAUAGACAUGUGAUAAUUUUGAAAAUGUAUUUUGGUGGGACAAAUAAAUAUGAAUUAAACAGACUGUGCGUGAAAAUGAAUCUUCUGUACAUUUUAUUUCCUUCUUGGAAGCAUGUUUUGGUGGCGUGUAUUUAUAUAUUCGUACGGCCAUGUGAAACAGACGCAGUGUCUGUGGUGUUGCUGAAGACGAAUAUCACGCGGCUGACGGCGAGGACCAUCCAUGCGGCUGGCUACCAUCUACACACUAUUGAACAUUUAUCAGUGAUGGAUGCGCCCAACUUGGAGCACGUCGCCGUUGAAGAUCUGACUAAGAUGCCUAAUCUCAAAUCUUUUUUUAUAACACAAGCACCACGGCUGCAGAGGCUAGCGCCGCUGCCGGCGUUGCCUGAACUGCGCACAUUCAUGGUGACCACUUCUGGACUACUCGAGGUGCCCAACUUGAGUCAUGUCCACGACCACCAUAGGAAGCGGUCUAACAGCACACUAUCUUAUUUACAAGCUAUUGAUCUCGAAGGGAACCACAUAAAGCGCUUACCUGCGCACGCGCUCAGAGUCCGCGCAGAUCAAGUAUCUCUCAACUACAAUCUCUUAGAAGAGGUCCCGGCGCAUGCGUUCAAAAACGCUCAAAUUUCAAAGCUUAGCUUUAGAGGUAAUCCGAAUUUAAGACGACUGGACGAGCUUGCCUUUGCUGGUAAUCUCCUGCUUCGACAAUUAGAUUUAAGUAACACCGCCAUAACAUCAUUGCCUACCAAGGGUCUGGAGAAACUAGAAACAUUGAAGAUUGAAAAGACACCCUCGCUAAAGUACAUUCCGUCUAUUUACGAAUUUCAAAACUUAGAGCGGGCACAUCUGACCCACCACUUCCACUGCUGCGCCUUCGCGUUCCCCGAGCGACACAACCCCGCGAGACACGCACUCUAUGAAACGCAACUGGCGAUUAUGGCUCAGAGAUGCGGCAAAGACAAGAAUGGAUCGAACAGAUCACGAAGAUCGCUCCCACCUGAAGAAAUAAUGGAGAUAUCAACAGUUGGAAUAGAAUAUUCAGAAGAAGAAGAAACUACAACAAAUAGCGAGGAAUACGACGGCUGGAGUGAACAGCAAUACUUCUCUGAUUCCUCCAGCUUUGAGACCAAUGACUAUUUUCAUCCACCCGUUAAUAAUACUUUUGGAGUACCCUUGUUUGCGGAGUGCGGGAAUUUUAGCAAGAGCCGUCGGAAAGUGGAAUGCACGCCACUACCAGACGCUCUGAACCCGUGCGAAGACGUGAUGGGUUGGUCGUGGCUGCGCGCGAGCGUGUGGUUCGUGGUCGCGGCCGCGGUGGUCGGCAACGUCGCCGUGCUGCUCGUGCUGCUCACCAACCACACCGAGCUCACUGUGCCCAGGUUCCUCAUGUGCCACCUCGCGUUCUCCGACCUCUGCACUGGACUCUACCUCUUCAUGCUCGCAGUAGUCGACCUCAGGUCUUAUGGAGAAUUCUUUAACUACGCGUACGACUGGCAAUACGGCACCGGCUGCAAAGUCGCCGGCUUUCUCUCGGUCUUCUCUGGCCAACUCUCUGUCUUUACCCUAACUAUCGUCACUUUAGAAAGAUGGUUUGCGAUCACGUACGCAAUUUAUCUCGAAAGACGCAUCACACUGUCUGCUGCAGCGAAGAUAAUGCUCGGGGGGUGGUUAUUCUCUUUACUCAUGGCUGGUCUACCGCUAGCUGGGGUAUCUGAUUACUCAUCGACGUCAAUUUGCCUACCGGUGGAAAGCGAAAAUAUUGGAGUUGCUGUGUAUCAAGGAUCAUUAUUCGCGACGAAUGCGAUCGCGUGGGUGACCAUUGUGAUAUGCUAUGUGCAAAUAUACAGGUCAUUGGGAGGAGGGGGGGAGAAGUAUGGCGGGAGGGGGGCAGCGGCAGCGGCUGAGAGACGCAUUGCGAACAAAAUGGCUUUAUUAAUUGGAACUGAUUUGCUCUGCUGGGCACCAGUAGCCUUCUUUGGAGUGACUGCACUCGCUGGAAUUCCUUUAGUCGACGUCAGCCACGGCAAAGUCCUCCUCGUAUUCUUCUAUCCAUUGAACGCUUGUGCGAAUCCAUUUCUCUACGCGAUACUCACGAAACAGUAUCGUAAGGACCUUCUCACGUUGAUAGCGAGGACGGGUAAAUGUAAUUGGUUGAUAGAGAAGUACAAGUUGGGAACGCCUCCACCAACAGCACAUACGAACCCGUCGAUGCCGGCACCUCUGCUUCCGCUGGUCGACUACAAAAGGUCACAGUCCCAAGUCAAGGAGAACGGCGAGGCGAUGCUUUAAUUGUAUUAGUGAUAUUAUUUGUAUUAUAGCUGUAAUUUAUUUAUA